UAUUGAUGUGGCAACCAUUCGUUAUCAACACUUAUCUGGAGAAGGUCGCGUAUGUAUAAAUUCGUGCCAGCUGAGUUACAAUUAAUUUUUGUAAGGCUACAUUUUGUCACCGCUGGAUUUAUAUGUAGAACAAACGGUGAACAUGCACUCUCAAGGACAGGGCCCACAAUCGCAAACGUCGGCACAUUCCCUAUUGCAACAGCAAUCUAUUGUAACUAUCAACAAUGCAGUUGGAAAACAAAAUGAGGUUCAGCAAUCGCUAUCAUCUGUCGGUCUACUGGAAUUGGCUCAUAGAGAAUACCAAGCUGUGGACUAUGAAAGUGCAGAAAAACAUUGCAUGCAAUUAUGGCGUCAAGAUAGUACAAAUACAGGAGUGUUGUUAUUGUUGUCAUCAAUUCAUUUUCAGUGUAGAAGGCUUGAUAAGAGUGCGCAAUUCUCUACGUUGGCAAUAAAGCAAAAUCCUGUCCUGGCUGAAGCUUACAGUAACUUAGGAAACGUUUACAAGGAGCGAGGACAAUUGCAGGAAGCUUUAGACAACUAUCGCAGAGCCGUGCGUCUUAAGCCUGACUUUAUAGACGGAUACAUUAAUUUAGCUGCUGCAUUAGUGGCUGCACGAGAUAUGGAAUCUGCAGUACAAGCGUAUAUAACAGCAUUACAAUACAACCCAGAGUUGUAUUGUGUUCGCAGUGAUCUGGGCAAUCUUCUUAAGGCUCUUGGUCGCUUGGAAGAAGCAAAAGCUUGCUACUUAAAGGCAAUUGAAACAUGUCCUGGAUUCGCAGUUGCAUGGAGUAAUUUAGGAUGUGUAUUUAAUGCGCAAGGGGAGAUUUGGUUAGCUAUACAUCACUUUGAAAAGGCGGUAACACUUGAUCCUAACUUUUUAGACGCGUAUAUAAAUUUGGGAAACGUUUUAAAGGAAGCUAGGAUAUUUGACAGAGCUGUUGCUGCUUAUUUGCGCGCCUUAAACCUAUCGCCGAAUAAUGCUGUAGUCCAUGGAAAUUUGGCAUGUGUGUAUUAUGAACAAGGCCUUAUUGACUUGGCUAUCGACACCUAUAGGCGUGCAAUUGAACUGCAACCAAAUUUCCCCGACGCCUAUUGCAAUCUUGCAAACGCUCUUAAGGAGAAAGGACAGGUCAAAGAAGCUGAAGAUUGCUAUAACACUGCACUAAGACUGUGCUCAAAUCACGCAGAUUCUCUAAACAAUUUAGCGAAUAUAAAACGUGAACAAGGAUUUAUUGAAGAGGCUACACGCCUUUACCUUAAAGCCCUGGAAGUUUUUCCAGAUUUUGCUGCUGCCCAUUCAAACCUAGCAUCUGUCUUGCAACAACAAGGAAAACUAAAAGAAGCAUUAAUGCAUUACAAAGAGGCGAUCCGAAUCCAGCCCACAUUUGCUGAUGCAUAUUCAAAUAUGGGAAACACGCUUAAGGAAUUGCAAGAUGUUAGUGGGGCACUGCAAUGCUAUACUCGAGCUAUUCAAAUUAAUCCGGCUUUUGCUGAUGCACACAGUAACUUGGCAAGCAUACAUAAAGAUUCAGGAAAUAUUCCAGAAGCAAUUCAGUCUUACCGUACAGCUCUUAAAUUAAAACCCGACUUUCCCGAUGCAUAUUGUAAUUUGGCACAUUGCUUGCAGAUUGUCUGUGACUGGUCUGACUAUGACGUACGAAUGAAAAAACUAGUUAGCAUCGUUGCUGAACAACUCGAAAAGAACAGAUUACCAUCUGUACAUCCCCACCACUCUAUGCUUUACCCCUUAACACAUGAUUUUCGAAAAGCCAUUGCUGCAAGGCACGCUAAUUUGUGUUUGGAAAAAGUUCACGUGCUUCAUAAACAGCAGUACAAUUUUGUGAGAAAUUUGCCAAGCAGUGGAAGAUUACGUAUUGGGUACUUAAGCUCAGAUUUUGGAAAUCAUCCUACUUCUCAUCUAAUGCAGUCUGUGCCAGGUCUACAUGACCGUUCAAAAGUCGAAAUUUUCUGCUAUGCCCUAAGCUCUGAUGAUGGCACAACCUUUCGAUACAAAAUUAGCCGUGAAGCGGAGCACUUUGUGGAUCUUUCACAAAUUCCUUGCAAUGGAAAAGCAGCAGAUAAAAUAUAUAAUGAUGGUAUACAUAUUUUGGUGAACAUGAAUGGUUACACAAAAGGGGCUAGGAACGAAAUAUUCGCUCUUCGACCUGCUCCAAUUCAAGUUAUGUGGUUAGGUUAUCCAGGCACUAGUGGUGCCAGUUUCAUGGAUUAUAUUAUUACUGAUGCGAUAACUAGCCCACUGGAAUUGGCUUACCAAUACAGUGAAAAGUUGUCAUAUAUGCCUUUUACAUAUUUUAUUGGCGAUCAUAAGCAAAUGUUCCCUCAUUUAAAGGAACGUAUUAUUGUAUGCGACAAGCAACAAUCUUCUGUUGCAGAUAAUGUUGCUGUUAUUAAUGCCACUGACCUCUCGCCUCUGGUUGAAAAUACAGAUGUAAAAGUGAUAAAAGAAGUAGUUAAUGCGCAAAAACCCGUCGAAAUAACGCAUAAAGUCGCUGAACUUCCAAGUUCCACCCAGAUAGUAUCUAUGAUUGCUUCUGGGCAAGUACAAACAUCACUAAACGGUGUAGUUGUUCAAAACGGACUAGCGACUACACAGACAAACAAUAAGGCAGCAACCGGCGAAGAGGUGCCGCAAAAUAUUGUUAUAACAACACGCCGGCAAUAUAUGUUGCCAGAUGACGCUAUUGUUUAUUGCAAUUUUAACCAACUUUAUAAAAUAGACCCACAAACACUUGAGUCUUGGGUAGAAAUAUUAAAAAAUGUGCCUAAAUCGGUGUUGUGGCUAUUAAGGUUUCCAGCAGUUGGCGAACAAAAUAUUAAAAAAACUGUCAAUGACUUAGGAGUUUCUCCCGAUAGAGUAAUUUUUUCAAAUGUAGCUGCUAAAGAAGAACACGUACGCCGAGGGCAAUUAGCUGAUAUAUGUCUCGACACUCCAUUAUGUAAUGGUCAUACUACAUCUAUGGAUGUGUUAUGGACAGGAACUCCGGUUGUCACUUUACCUGGAGAGACACUAGCUUCAAGAGUGGCUGCCUCUCAGCUGGUAACGCUUGGAUGUCCCGAGUUAAUAGCACGUACACGGGAGGAAUAUCAAGAUAUUGCUAUUCGUCUAGGAACACAAAGAGAAUAUUUAAAAGCUCAACGGGCAAAAGUAUGGAAAGCACGAGUUGAGAGUCCAUUAUUUGAUUGCACACAGUAUGCCAAAGGCUUAGAACAAUUAUUUUCUCGAAUGUGGGAUAAAUUUGCAAACAGUGAAAUUCCUGAUCAUAUCUCGGCAGUGGAAGAAAAGUGAGAUCUAUCCUGUCAAUUUAAAACUUGACAAGCAUUUUCUACACUCUCAGAAUGAUUUCGGCAUGCUUUGGAACAUCAAUUUUGUGCGGCAUAUAUGUUACAUGUAUACCUAAUUUUUCUGUUUAAG